AUGUCAGCUCAAUCACUUCAGCCUGUCCAAUGUGCCGCAGCGCUCGGAGCUGUCGCGCUGGCCUACUACUUGCUCCCAUACUUGCAUGACCCGCACGAAUAUCGCCGUCGGUUCUCUGGACCACUACUGGCUAGCUUGAGCGGCUGGUGGAUGUCGUAUACGUGCUUGACAAAGGAUCAAAACGAACACAUAAGGCAAUUACACCAGAAGUAUGGCACAUUCGUCAGAAUAGGUCCGAAUCACAUCAGCAUAUCUGAUCCUGACGCGAUGGAGGCUGUGUAUGCCCAUGGAAGCGGCCUUCUCAAGUCGGAUUUCUACGGAGGAGCCCCAGGUCACGCUUCGAAUACGUUUGUCGAGUUAGACAAGUCCAAGCAUCUCAAGCUGCGUAAACGCAUUGCAAAUAUCUUCAGCCAGCAGAACGUCUUGACAUUUCAGCCGCGAGUCAAGAAGCAUAUUGCUCAGCUCUGCGCUCAGCUCGACUUCCGCUGCAAGGAGGCAGCUCGUGGUGUAUCUGGCUUCAACUGGACCGCAUAUAACGGCUCUGCAGUCGUAGACUUUUGCCCGCAGCUUUCGUAUCUCGCGUUCGAUGUUAUUGGCGACCUGGCAGCUGGAGCCUCGUUCGGACUGAUCCAGGCUCAGAAGGACUCCUCUCCUAUCGUUGGCUCGAGCGACGAGACCGGACAGAAAGAUGAGGGAGCGGUCCAAAUCCCGGUCAUUGCCGCCAUGGCCAGCUUCAACACGCUUAUAGUCGCAGUGCAGAUGUUUCCAUUAUGGGCGCGUAACAUCGUCAAGCUUCUUCCGUGGUACGUCUCCGGGUUCAUGAAGCAGAUUGGCUUCUUUGGCUUGGUAGCAGCCAUAAUCGAGGCUCGACUGAAGCGUGGAUCGAACGAAGAGGACGGACCCGACUUUAUAGACAAGUUCCUGGAGGCUAAGAACGAAGACGGUACUGGGAUGACUGUAGAUGAGCUACGCUCCGAGACGAGCGUGAUGCUCCUUGCUGGAAGCGAUACCUCGAGCAAUACUCUCAGCUCGCUGUUCUACCACCUCGCCAUAAACCCCGACAUGCAGCGCAAGUUGCAGAACGAGCUAGACGAGCAUCUGCCACCAGUCCAGUCCGAAGACAGUGACGACAAGAGUGGUAUCGUUGUUCCCCCUAGCGACAUAGUGCCCGACUACAACGACAUCAAAAACCUACCCUAUCUCAACGCAUGCAUCAAAGAAGUCCUUCGCGUACACUCGACCAUCGGCACCGGUCUUCCUCGCAUUGUUCCUGAAGGAAAGACGCUGACAGUCGCGGGUCAGACGUUCAAGGCGGGAAGCGUGAUUAGCGUGCCUUCGUACGUGACCAACAGGUCGGAUGUGUGGGGACCGGAUGCGUCUGAGUUUCGACCUGAGCGGUGGCUGGAUGAGAAUGUGACGUCGGUAAACAAGUACUUUGUGCCGUUCUCGACUGGGCCUCGGUCUUGUGUUGGACGGAACUUGGCAUAUAUGAAUCUGGCACUGAUUACGGCAGGGCUGCUACGGCGCUACUCGAUAGAAGCACUUCCCACGACCAAGUUAACGGUGCAUGGAACAUUCGUGAGAGAGGCGGCGCAUUGCGAAGUCGCAAUCAAACGCCGCGACUAA